CCAGUUCGGGCGCCGUGGAUGAGUAAGUCGUAAAGGUGUUCGGUUCAUCUUCCCUGUGUACUUGGAACUAGCUUUCCCUUCAUCGUCGCCUAGUCAGCAGUGAAGGCUUGCGCAAAAACUCGUUCUGGAUCUAUAGGAAUAGUACAUCCUAGUUUUAAAAAAAAAAUAGAGGAAAAAAAAACAUCCACACACACACAACAUAAUGCAGUCGACAUGCGUCACAUAACGAAAUCGAGACGAGGAUAGCGACAACAACACGACGUCAGUUAUGUUACGAUGUCCAAACAUUUGGACCAUUUAUUCAAAGUGAUCGUCGUCGGUGACAGCGGUGUGCCGAAAACCAAACUUGUACACCUGGCCGAUAGUACUACAACUGAGACAACUAAAGUUGGGUGUGACUUCACCAUCCGAAAUCUUGUGAUAGAUGGAGAGAAAAUCAAACUUCAAAUAUGGGACACAGCAGAAAUGCACCCCUUCAAAAUUGUAUCAACGUACUACAGAGGGACAAGUGGAAUCAUUAUAAUGUACGAAGUGUGCGACAAGACGACUUUCACAAACAUUCCAAACUGGCUUUAUGAAAUAAACCAAAAUUGUGACAGCUCCGUUAUCAAAAUACUCGUUGGAGCCGAGGGUCCGUCCGAGGAACAGAGGUUGGUGAGAACCGAGGAAGCAGAAUCGUUCGCCGAGGAAAUGAAUCUGAAGUUUUAUGAAACAAGUCUUCAGGAAAAAACAGACGUCGAAGAUCUGUUCAUGACUCUGGCCAAAGACAUGGUGAGAAAGAGAAAGAUACAGAUAGAGGAAGCUGAACUACAGUUGCAGGUUGAAUUCGACACGGUGCAACUUGGUGCUACAGAGAAACGCAAGAAGAAAUGCAUUUAAUGGUGGUCCGCCAUUUGCACGUUUACCGCUUGUUGUUGUCAUUACAUGUAUAUUGUCACAGAAAUUAAAUUAUUUAUACAAAAAGAGCAUAUUGGCAUUUUAUUAUUGAAAUAUAUUUUAAAUAUGCAAUUUAAUCACAGGCGAAACGUAUUUUAUAUGUUUAACUCCAAAUAUAUCGGUGAAUUGUUGGAAAAAUAAUCAUUUUCUUUUGUCUAUUCAUAUCUCUGAGAACAACACGGACUAUUUUCUUUUUACUGUCGGCUCAGUAUCUCUAUAGAAUGAACCUGGUGAAUAUUUGUGAUUAUACUGUGGUACAUGGUAUUGUAUAUGGCUUAGCCAUGGGACUAUUUUUAUGAUAUUUAUACUUUUUUUUAAAGAAAAUAUAUUUGUCUGAAUUGUUUGUCAUGUGCUGUUGUUCGACAUUCGGUAACUAAUAUUUAUGUUUGUAAUAGAGUUAUGGUCAUUGUUUAAUCUGUGCGAAUCUGUUUUCAACUAGCUGUUACCGUUAGCAUAACAUGACUAAAGUUUAUGUUUGUAAUAGUUUUAUUCAUUGUUUUAGUUUGUGCGGAAUCUUUUUUUCCGUUCUGUUAGCAUCACCUGAUUAAUUUCCAGAGUUACAAUAUAUCCACACCUAAAAGCUAUAAUUUUUAAUGAUCUCUGAUACUGUAUCUUAUUUUGCUUCUGGUUUUUUUGUGAACUCACCUGACAUUAAAAAUGUGGCUCGUUAUGUUUCCAUUUUUAACGUCGGCAACUUGUAUGGUAAUAUAUAAUUAUUAUGUUCACAUUUUAAAUAUUUAUGAGUAUAUCACAUCAUUGUUUUACAAUGGAUUGUUUUGUACUAAGAUUGUAUCGUAAAUUUUAUAAUUGUUGAAUAAAAAAUAAUUGAGGACAAUUUCUAACAUCACAAACUGGUGUGGUAUCACGUGCUUACUUUUUAAAUAUUUAUAAGGAUAUCACGCAACGGUUUUACAUUGGAUUAUGUUUUCUAUUAAGAUUAUAUUAUCAUCUUAUAAUUGUUGAAUAAAAUCUGCCAUGUCAUUUCUGAUAAUUUUUUGACAGUAAAGUUCUGGACGAUCGUGGGUUCAGACAAGGCUG